AUGGAGCCUUUUUUCUGCAUUCAAACAUUGAGAAAAUAUGGUCUCGAUUCUAUUCGUCCAGAUGCCGCCGGUCUCGGUACCCCUGCUUUCCUUAUACUAAUAGUAAUGUUACCUACUGCACUGCACUGCACUGCACUGUACUGUACUGUACUUUACUUGUUAAAGGUGUAUAGAACAUAUUCUAAAGGAGUCCAUGCCAUGUGUUUCGGAGCAAAGACGAUCAGCUGUAGAAAGCUUUCGUAUUUCCUUUUGCUCUUAAUUUUAUUUUCUUAUGAAAUAUUCAUAGGCAAAAUCGGAGAAUCUAAAUUUGCAUUCUAUAAACAACUAAGGCCAAGAAGCGAUUGUUAUAUUGUUAUAUUCGUAUAUUCGUAUAUUCGUAUAUUCGUAUAUAUACUUGAAUACUCUAUAAAAAAUGCACACGGAUAG